AUGCAAAGGGCUGCACACACCUUUCUUCUUUCAUCCAGUUCCACAUUUCCGGCUGGCGUGAUCAUCAUGCCUCCUAACGCUCGGAUCGCAUCAAUCCCAAUUUUUCUUUCUUUCUUUCUUUCUUUCUUUCUUUCUUUCUUUCUUUCUUUCUUUCUUGCUUGCUUUAGUUGUGUCUUUUCUCCUCUUUCCACAUUUCUCUCUCUCUCUCUCUCUCUCUCUCUCUCUCUCUCUCUCUCUCCUUUGCAUUAUAUCGAGAAUCUCAUCAUCUGUUGGAUUCUAUCUCACCCUAUUCAUAUCUAUCUAUCUAUCUAUCUAUCUAUCUAUCUAUUUCAUCAGUUCAUAUCUGACUAUCUAUCUAUCUAUCUAUCUAUCUAUCUAUCUAUCUAUUUCAGUCUGUUUAUAUGUAACAUUCUAUCUAUUCAUCUAUUUCAUCAGUUCAUAUGUAUCUUCCUUUCUUCCUAUCUAUCUAUCUAUCUAUCUAUUUCAGUCUGUUUAUAUGUAACAUUCUAUCUAUCUAUUCAUCUAUUUCAUCAGUUCAUAUGUAUCUUCCUUUCUUCCUAUCUAUCUAUCUAUCUCUGCCUGCUUUCAGUCCAUGUCAGUCACUUUUAG